AUGGCAUUGUUUGAAGUUGAUGGCUGGGAUUUGAAGAGCAAGACCGUUGCUUUCAGUGACGGGGGAGUACUGAAGAACAGAAAGGAAAGAAAAGAAAAGAAAAAACAAGCACUGAAGGAACGAUGGGAAAAGAAGAGAAGAGGAGAUGAGCAGCCUGAAGAACAACAACCAGAAGUAAAGAGACAGAGAUCAGACGAUAGAAGAAAGGGGUAUAAUAAGGAAGAAGCUCGAUCCGAUACCAAGGUCGAAGCUGGCUCUACUGGUUCUACUUUAUCUGCUCCUCCACCUGUUACUCCUACUUCUGAUACUAAGAAACUCAGCCCUUUGCAACAGAAGAUGAUGGCCAAACUAUCUGGGUCUAGGUUCCGGUGGAUCAAUGAACAAUUAUAUACCAUUUCAUCAGAAUCAGCUUUGGAUUUGGUCAAGAAAGAGCCUAGUUUAUUCCAAGAAUACCAUCAAGGGUUCCGGUCUCAAGUUCAAUCAUGGCCAGAGAAUCCUGUUGACGUAUUUGUUGAUCAAAUUAAGACCAGAGGGUCUCUGAAACCUAUAAAUGCACCUGGAGGUCUUCCAGGUUUCCAGAAUAGACAAGUUGUGAUUGCUGAUAUGGGAUGUGGAGAAGCACAAUUAGCCUUAGAUGUGAAUAACUUUGUCAAACAAUAUAAUGCCAAAAACUCCUCCAAAAAGAAUUCUCGGAAACCUCCAAGAAGAAAUGUCGGACCUUCAUCUUUGGAUAUUAAAGUCCAUUCCUUUGAUUUACAAAAGGCUAACGACAGAAUUACUGUGGCUGAUAUCAAAAAUGUACCGUUACCUGAUAGACUGUGUAACAUCGUUAUCUUUUGUUUGGCAUUGAUGGGUACAAACUUUUUGGAUUUCAUUAAGGAAGCGUAUAGACUACUUGCACCUAGAGGAGAACUUUGGAUCGCAGAAAUCAAGUCCAGAUUCUCUGAAUCUGGUUCUAAAACUAAAGAAGAUCAAGUUGGUGAAGAGUUUGUAAAUGCCUUGAAGUUAUGUGGAUUCUUCCAUAAAGCCACGGACAAUAGCAAUAAGAUGUUCACUCGGUUUGAGUUCUUUAAAGCCCCACAAGAAAUACUUGAUGAGAAGAAAGCCAAAUUAGAACGGAAGAAGAAGUUCAUUGAACAUGAAUCAGAGAAGGAAGAGCUUGAAAGCAAGAGGGAAAAGGUUCCGGAAGGCGAAUGGCUUUUGAAGCCAUGCAUAUACAAGAGAAGAUAG